AUGAAAGACAAUCUCUCAAGUAUGCUCUCAUCAAUUCUUGAAAAACCUUACAGACAUAUUGACCUUAACAAAAUCUUGAUUACUCCACCUGAUGAAUCUCAACAUAUAUCCUCAGAUCCAGACACUGUGAAAUCUCAUACAAGAAUUCACUUCUCAAAUAUUUCUAGCACAGCAAAUAAUCCACCUCCUAAUAACUUAUGGAAUGAGUGGGCUCAUGUCUAUCAACCCCUAAACUACAUCAAACCUGAAUGGUAUGACUCCAUACUAUCACCUAUUACAAAAACUGAAUUACUAAAUAACAUAUCAGAACUCCCUUUAAAAAAAGGUGCUGGACCAUCAUCAAUCUCAAAUGAAAUGCUAAAACAUCUGAAUCCAGAUACCAUAGAAAUUUUGCUUUCACUAUUCAACAGAUGCAUAUCCACAUCUGAUAUUCCAUCAGCUUGGAAACAUGCCAAUGUUUAUCCCAUACCAAAUCCCAAAGAAUGGCACAAUCAACUCACACACACUCAUCCUAUUACAUUAUUAGAAUGCACUUGUCUAUCUCAAGCAUUUCCAAACUCUGCUAUUUAUCAUCCACAAUUUUACAAUCUAUUUGACUAUUGGCAACUACAAUGUCAAUCAAUGAUUACAAACUUCAUUGUUCGUAUUAAUGAUCCAUCACUCAUAGGUAAAAUAACAUAUAUGCAACUAAAACAACUUCAAUCUACAUUAUGGAUCCCUUUCUGCCCAUUAUUGAUGACACAAGCACUUCCUACAAAAUUAAACAACAAAAAUAUUACAACCGCCUGUGUCACAUUAAUGAUUUCUUCUCAUAUAUUAUGCCAACUUUCAUCUUCUUUCAUCUUCUCUUUUAACAUCAAAGGUGGCAAUGUCCCAUUAAUAAACAUUAUACAAAAUCAAUAUUUCAAGAUAAUACCUUUACUCAAAAAAUACUCUAUUUUUCUUAGAACAAUUACUUUCAUGUGA